CAAUCAAACACGCGCAGGGUUUCAACGGAAUCGAGCAAGCUGUUGAGCAAACAAAACACGGCUGGGCCCUGGUACCCAAAUGUGCACGGAUCAAUAUAACGUAGCGCAGAAGGCCCGGCAAAUUAAAAACGCUGUCGCAAAUUGGGCACGUCGCCCGCCGGGCCCAUUUGGAACCCGGCGCAGCGAGGGCGUGCCGGAAGUUGGAGACAACUCGCUCGCCGAAUGGGCCAUUCAUGCAAUUCAUCCUUACAUGUAAAACUCUCGAAACUAACACUCGAUUGUGAACUCAAACAAACUAUACAGGGCGCUUGGAAACAGGAAAGCUUUUUCGCUCGAGGCUCGCAGCCCUUCACGGACACUCGUCAUUUGCGCACAUCGGAAGGCUUUCAGCGGAGACAUUGUCACAGGCUUUGCGUACGCUUUGGAGGGUCAAUAGUACCGAUGGUGGACAGCUCAUCACCGGCUGGCCUUGCUUGAUGACAUGAAUAGCCGCCACACGGCCGGAUUGGAGUCCAUCAUCAAGCCGCUGAUGAUGACGGCGGGCCAAGCGAUGGGGCCAGAUGCCCCCUCGACCGCCUCAGCAGCAGCUGCUGUGCCGACCUUUAAGAGCGACGGCAGCGAUGCUGCGAAUGAGCAGAGGGACGGGGAUGACAUAGGGACUCCUCGACCUGUAGCGCACCUGCUGAGCGGCACACCGCCAGAAGUGCCUUCGGCCUCUUCGGAGUUGGAGGCCGCGGGCUCGGCGCCACGCCGCCCAGUGAUAGCUCCCAACAGCAGUAGCAACAGCAACGUGCCAGCUGUGCGAAUAGCACCAGCCCCAACCGCCAUUCAGACCUCGACGGAGUACCGCAACACGGAAAUUACGGCAUGGGCACCAGAGCCGCCGGAGGCAGCGGCGUCCGUGACGCCGCCGCCAGCUGGAACCGCCGGCUAUGGCGCCGCCGCGUGCCCCUCCAUCGCGGUCACAUCGCUGCCACCCCUGUCGAGCUCCGCCACUGCACCCACAUCCCUAGCAACCGACGACGCGUGUUCUCCUCCUCCUCCUCCUCCUUCUCCUCCUCCUCCUCACCAUGCUCGCCAUGCCGACCUGUCGGACGUUCCCUUGGACGUGCUGUCCUCCCUCAUCCUGCCGCGCUUGCCGCCCGGCCACCGCCUGGACGUCCGCGCAGUCAGCCGCCGCUGGGCCGCCUGGGUGGACGGCGGACUGGCACCUGCGACCCACAUCAACCUGGUCAUGGACAGGAAGGAGCUGGCGGCAGCUGCGGCGGCGGCGGCUCCGGUGGCGCCAGCGGUGUCAGCGGCGCAUUCGGCGGCGGUGGCGGUGCCUUCGGCGGCAGCAGCGGAUGCAGCGGCUGCGGUGGCACCUGGCCAGCGGCUUCCGCACCCAUCGCCACAGGAGGGGCUGUUGGACCGGCGCUUCCCGUCCGCGGUGGCGGUGCGGCUGUGGGUGGGGUGCCGGCCGCCGGCGUCUGUGGCGGGCACGAACGGCGGCGGGCUGGCGGCGCAGGCCGCUGCGGAGACGGCCGCGGCUGCUGCGCCGCAUGCCGCCGGAUCCCAACGACGCGGCGUCGCCUCAAACGGCCGCGGCCUCGGAAGCACUGGGCCGCUGCUGGGGUUGCGCUCGCUGUCAUCUGCGUCGUUUGCUGCCGCAAUGGAGGACUGCUGCUCGCGUGCCGUGGGAGCGCCCGGCCGCAUAGCCGCCGGCAUCGCAGACCUGCUGCUAGCCUCCAGCAGCUGCGUCUUUCCCAUGACCUCGGCUGCGAUGCGUCGGCGCCUCGGCGGCGGCGGCGGUUACGGUUACGGUUACUACGGCGGCGGCGGGGCCGGUGGCGGCGGGGGUGCGGCAGGGGGCUUUCAGCCGUCGUACCGGUGGCACGUGCACACGCAGAAGCUGGAGGCCGGCGGCGGCAGCCGGGGUCGGCCGGCGGCGGUGCGGAAUGCGGACGGCACGUUCCAACUGCUGCGCAGGUAUUCUCAAGACGCGUUGGAGCCGCAGGCGCUGCCGCCGCUGCCUCAGUGCCUGCCGCUGUUGGGCGGCAGCACAGCGCUGCGGCGGCUGAGCGUGGUCAGCGCGUACGACAUGAGCACAGAGACGCUGGCGCUGCUAGCGGCCGCCUUCCCCAACCUCACCGCGCUAUCGCUGCACGCACACCAGGCCCCCGGCGUCGACGCCAUUCCCGUGUACCUGAGGCACAGCCCCGGAGCCACCAUGAUCGCCACCUCCCUCACCGAAGCCCGCGCCAACACCUCCGCGUCUCGCAACCUUGCAUCCGCCAGCACCGGUACGACUGGUGCCGCCGGCACCGCAUGCGCCUGCAGCGCUCCUCGAGCCAGCGCAGCAGCGGACGCCUCCGCCGGCGCCAGCGAUGACGCCUCAGGCGGCGGCGCCGCAGGCGCCAGCCUGGGGCGGCUGAGCCGCCGGCACUCGGACAACAUGCCUGCUGAGUCCGUGGCGGCGGCGGCGGCGGCGGCAGCAACGGCAGCGGUGGCGGCGGGGGAGGAGGUGGCGGAGCAGCCGCGCUGGGUGCUGCGCUCGCCGCUGGUGGCGGGUCUGCCUCAGCUGCAGACGUUGGCGCUGUGCGGGCUGUGGCUGGGGGACGCGGAGGCUCAGGUGCUGGGCGCGCUGGGGGGGCUGAGGGCGCUGGUGCUGCACCGCGUCACGUGCCGCGUGCACCGCCUGCUGCCACACCUGGAGGCCGGCCUCACGCGGCUCACCCGGCUGGAGCUCCGCCGCCUGGACUACUUCCACUCGCUGCCGCCGGACCCGCCCGACACCGCAGCGCUGGAGGCCCGCGAGCGCCGCCGCGCCGCCGCCGACGCCGGCCGCGGCGGCGUCAACCGCCACGCCGCCAGGCGCCAGCGGCAACUGGACACCGCGACGCGGCGCGCCGCGCGCCUGACGGCGCGCCGCCGGCCACACCUCCUCACCAGCCUACUGGGCCGCGGCACGGGAUCCGGCACCGCCGAAGGCGGCGGCGGCGGCGGCGCCGCCGCCGCCGCCGCCAAUCACACGGCGGCGGCUGCCAUUGCGGCGGCCGAGGUGACGGAGGCCGCCGCCUUUGCGGACCUGUUGUCGGGGCCUGACAGCGAUGCGGAGGAGGAGGAGCGGCGGGAGGAGGCAGCGCUGGACGGGGACCUGGAGGAGGAGGCGCUGCCAGGCGCACCGUGGAUGACGCGGCAGAGCCGCGGGCUGUUCCCGGACUGGGCGGGGGCGCUGUGGAGCCUGGGGCGGGCGCUGCGGCGGCUGGUGGGGCUGCAGGUCCUGGUGGCAGACGUGGAGUGCCCGGCCAGGGGGCAGCAGGACGCCUGGGCGGCGCUGCUGCUGGGCGUCAAGCGGUUGCAGCGCCUGCGCGAGCUGCGCCUGCCGCACCUGGCCUUUGGCAGCGCAUGGCAGGUGCGCUCGCUGGCGGCGGCGCUGCCCCAGCUCACGUGCCUUGAGUUCGGCAGUCUGCCGCCCGUGCCGCGCACCCCGGAGGUGUGUGCCUGGCUGGCGGCUGGCGGCCGGCCCGCGGGCUUCCGCGCCCACAUGUCGCCGUCAGGAGGCGGCCCCACCGCACACGGCGCAGCAGCAGCAGCAGCAGCUGGAGGAGGAGGCGGCAGCCGCCUGCGCGGCGGCGGCGGCGGCGGCGGCGGCGGCGGCGGCGCCUCCGGCUAUUGGGCCGCCGCCGCCGCCGCGCCGCCGCCACCUGCGAUCCAGCCCGCCUUCGGCAGCCGUGAGACACUGGGGUGGUGCUACCUUGGCGGCGGCGGCGGCGGCGGCGGCGACGCGGGUGAGGGGUUGACGGCGCCGACAGCGACAGUGGGACCGAGGAGAGGAGGUGCGGGAGUGGUUGGAAUGCAGCAGCCGCUGCCUCGGCGGCACGGCGGCGGGCUGGAGGGUGCAGGCGGCGGCCGCAGCGGCCUGAGCAGUGGUGCUGGUAGUGGUAGCGGUGCAGGUGGAGCAGGUGCAGACACAGAAGACCGCCGGUGCCGGGGCUCCGACAGCGGACAACUGCUCAUGCGAGGCCGCGCCGCCCGCCCCGACUGCACCGCAAAUGACUGCUUGGCCGCCGGAAGUGGCAGCGGCAGUAGCAGCGGCAGCGACAGCCGCAGCAGUAGCACCAGCCGGCGGCGGGUCUCAGGCAGUGGCCACGGCCUGCUGCUGCCUUCGCGCUUCAGCGGAAGCGGCGCCGCCGCCGCCGCCGCCGUUGCUGCCGCCGCCGCCGCCGCUCACGGCCACCCCAGCCCUCUGGGCCUGUCCGGCGGAGGGGAGGCAGCUGCUGGCACGGCUGCCGGUGUGGGCGGGCUGUGCUGCUUCCGGGCUUUGAGGCACCUGGUGCUGCGGCGUGUGGGGCUUGAGGAGCUGGCGCUGCAUGGGCUGCCGCUGCCGCCGCGGCUGACCAAGGUGGAGCUGCCGCUGCAGGCCGCGGUGGGGCCCGGCGCUGAGAGCCAGCCGAUCCAGCUUUCGGACCUGCUGCUGCUGCACUCCUCCGUGCUGCCGGCCCUGGCGGCGCUGCCUUCUCUGGAGGUGUGGGCUAGCCUGGGCCCCGCGCGCGGCGCCGACGGCCCUGUGUUGGUGGCCAUGCUGGCGGCAUGGCUGGGCCCCGGCGGCGUGAAGGGGCUGGACGUGCGCGGCCUGACGCACCCCAGCAACGCCAGCGGCUGCGAAGUGACGGAGACCUUGCAGCGCAUCGCCGCUGGCCUGCCCCGACUGGAGCGCCUCAGCUGUUACUUGUGGGGCGGCCCCGGCGGCCUGCUACAGCCGCAGCAACAGCAGCCCCUGGCUCCCGGCCGCAGUAGCAACAACGGUAAUGGCGCCGCCGCCGCCUCCGGGUGCAGCGGCAGUAGCAAUGGCAGUAGCAGGAGCUGGACGCAGCGGGCGCUACAGCCCAUCACUCAGCUAGGCGGCAUGCGGCGAACGCCCUCUGGCUCGUCGGGGCCAGCAGGGCCAGUAGCAGCGCCUGCUGUAGCACCAGUGGCGCAGCCCCGGCGGUGGCGUGCGCCCGCCGGGCGGGCGUUGGGGAGUAGUGCCGGCGAGGGUGGCGGCGGGCGGUACUCUGAGGCUUGGCUGGCGGCGGCGGACGCGGCGGGCGUGGCGCUGGGCGGUGCGGCUCUGGAGGCAGUCAACCGGCUGACGCUGUUGGACGAGCUCCGAGUCAAGGUGCUGUCCCUCCCGGCCGCGGCCUGCAACAGCAGUGGGGACGGCGACCUGCUUGCCGCCGCGCUGCGCCGCCCCACAGCCGCCUCGCGCUUCGGCAGCUGCGCGGUGCCCGUGCGCGUGCCGCUUGGGCUGCUGCGCGGGCUGCGCCGGGCGGUGCGGGUGGUGGACUGUAGUCCGCUGGAGGCGUGGUGCAGCAGUCCCGUCGCGGUGGGGAGAGGGGGAGGAGGAGGAGGAGGAGGAAGGGGAGGGGGAAGGGGAGGGGGAGGGGGAGGCAGCGUUGGUGCGAUUGGGGCGGGUGCGGAGGCGGACCCGCGUGCGGCGCUGGCGUAUGCGAGGGGGCUGCUGGCGGCGGAGGGCGUGUGUAGCAGCCUGGUGGCGGAGGCGGAGGAGUGGGCGGCGGGGGCGAUAGGUGUGGGGCCGGACUUGGAGGAGAGGUGGCGGGGGGAGGCGCUGCGGCCCGCGUGGUCCGAGCCUGGCUGCGAUGAGGAACCUCCCGGCGAGACCGCGACCGUGACGGGUUGGAUCUUGGGCAAUAUAUGAUGAGGUGUUGAGACAUA